UGGCUGGAAAGACUGCAAUGUAGGAGAUGGGCUCGAUGAGACGUGCGUCGGAGAGGUGUUUCCUGUACUCGCAAGAAAACCAACACAGUUAGGACCUUCUCCCUCGCUUUUUCGUGUUCACUUUGUACAAAAAUCGUCACUGACUUAUUUUGUCAGUGUUUUUAGUAGAAAAAAGUUGCAUUUUUCCCACCGAGAAACUUCCAAAAGGAGUUAACAACUAGCCAGGUUUGAGGAGGUGAACGUCAGGAUGGCCCAGUGGAACCAGUUACAGCAGCUGGAGACCAGGUAUCUGGAGCAGCUCUACCACCUGUACAGUGACAGCUUCCCCAUGGAGCUGCGGCAGUUCCUCGCCCCGUGGAUUGAGAGUCAGGACUGGGCUUACGCUGCCAAUAAGGAGUCACACGCCACACUGGUGUUCCACAACCUCCUGGGAGAAAUAGACCAGCAGUAUAGCCGUUUCCUGCAGGAGAACAAUGUUCUCUACCAGCAUAACCUGCGCAGGAUUAAACAGCAUCUGCAGAGCAAGUACUUGGAGAAGCCGAUGGAUAUCGCCCGCAUUGUUGCCCGCUGUCUGUGGGAGGAGCAGAGGCUGCUGCAGACUGCCACCACAGCUGUGCAGGAUGGCCAGGCAGCUCAUCCCACUGGGACAGUAGUGACAGAGAAGCAGCAGAUCCUGGAGCACAACCUCCAAGACAUCAGGAAGAGGGUGCAGGAUAUGGAACAAAAGAUGAAAAUGCUCGAGAACUUGCAAGAUGACUUUGACUUCAACUACAAGACAUUGAAAAGCCAAGGAGAGUUGUCCCAGGACCUUAAUGGUAACAGCCAAGCAGCUGCUACCAGACAGAAAAUGGCUCAGCUCGAGCAGAUGCUCAGCGCUCUGGACCAGCUGAGGAGGCAAAUUGUGACAGAGAUGGGAGGCUUGUUGACUGCCAUGGACUACGUACAGAAGAACCUGACUGAUGAAGAACUAGCAGACUGGAAGAGAAGGCAGCAGAUUGCAUGUAUUGGAGGUCCACCUAACAUCUGCCUGGACCGCCUCGAAACAUGGAUCACAUCGUUGGCUGAGUCCCAGCUUCAGAUUCGUCAGCAGAUCAAGAAGCUGGAGGAGCUUCAGCAGAAAGUCUCCUACAAAGGAGACCCCAUCAUCCAGCACCGGCCCGCCCUGGAGGAGAAGAUUGUGGACCUGUUCAGAAACCUGAUGAAGAGUGCUUUUGUGGUGGAAAGACAGCCAUGUAUGCCCAUGCAUCCAGACAGACCUCUGGUCAUCAAAACAGGCGUGCAGUUCACAAAUAAAGUCAGGUUACUGGUAAAGUUUCCUGAACUCAAUUACCAGCUGAAAAUAAAAGUUUGUAUUGACAAGGAAUCCGGGGAUGUGGCUGCAAUUCGAGGGUCACGAAAGUUUAACAUCCUCGGUACAAACACAAAAGUUAUGAACAUGGAAGAAUCCAACAAUGGCAGUCUGUCAGCAGAGUUUAAGCACUUGACCCUGAGAGAACAGAGGUGUGGUAAUGGUGGCCGGACCAAUAGUGAUGCCUCUCUGAUUGUCACAGAGGAGCUCCAUCUCAUCACUUUUGAAACAGAAGUCUAUCAUCAAGGCCUGAAGAUCGAUCUGGAGACUCAUUCCCUGCCUGUGGUCGUCAUUUCCAACAUCUGCCAGAUGCCUAACGCCUGGGCUUCCAUCCUGUGGUACAACAUGCUCACGAACCACCCAAAGAAUGUGAACUUCUUCACCAAGCCUCCAGUAGGGACGUGGGACCAGGUGGCCGAGGUUCUGAGCUGGCAGUUCUCCUCCACCACCAAGAGAGGCCUGACCAUCGAACAGCUCACCACACUGGCUGAGAAAUUACUAGGGCCGUGUGUCAACUACUCUGGCUGUCAGAUCACUUGGGCCAAGUUCUGCAAGGAAAACAUGGCUGGCAAAGGCUUCUCCUUCUGGGUGUGGCUGGACAACAUCAUUGACCUGGUGAAGAAGUAUAUCCUGGCACUGUGGAAUGAAGGGUAUAUCAUGGGCUUUAUCAGUAAGGAGAGGGAGAGGGCCAUUCUUAGUCCAAAACCUCCUGGUACUUUUCUUCUGCGCUUUAGUGAAAGCAGCAAGGAGGGCGGCAUCACAUUUACAUGGGUAGAGAAAGACAUCAGUGGAAAGACCCAGAUGCAGUCAGUGGAGCCUUACACCAAGCAGCAGCUCAACAGCAUGUCGUUCGCUGACAUCAUCAUGGGCUACAAGAUCAUGGACGCUACCAACAUCCUGGUUUCACCUCUUGUGUACCUCUACCCCGAUAUCCCCAAAGACGAGGCUUUUGGGAAGUACUGCCGGCCAGAAUCACUUCCCGAACCCGAGCUGGGAGGAGACUCUACGAGCACUAUUCAGCCAUACUUGAAGACAAAGUUCAUCUGUGUUACCCCGUGUCCCUCCGUGUUCAUGGACUUGCCGGACAGUGAGCUGCUUGGGAACGGAUUCCCAGGCACAAACUCUGGAAACACCAGUGACCUGUUCCCCAUGUCGCCCCGCACCCUCGACUCCCUGAUGCACAAUGAAGCCGACGCUACUCCAGCACAUUUGGAGUCGUUGACUUUGGACAUGGAUGUUGCAUCACCGAUGUGAAGAGAUUGAUCAAGUUUCUUCAUUUUCUUUGUUGGAUUCGAUAUUGUGUUGUGAUAGAGGAUUUUAUGAUGAUUUAUUUUUUCCCUCUGUUCACACAAUCUGUCUGUACAGUUUAUUUCUUGUUCUUGUGUAAAAAAGCAAACACUUUUACAUCAGAGGGAAGUUAAUGAUUUUAGAAAAAGCAUUUCCACUCUUGUAAAUUCUGACUGUCCACUUAGUGUGUGAAACCCAUUCUGUACUUCCAUAUCUGCAUAUUUGUCUUGAGUACCUUUUAACUAUCUGGAAUUAUAUAUUUUUUGAGAACAUUAUAUUCCUUAAGUGAUUGACUUUUUAAAAAACGAUUAUGAACUCAUCUGUUUUUCUUUUGAGUAAGAAAAUGUAACAAGUAAUUGUUGUAUAAGCUAUGCCCCUUUGACAUUGUGUGUUUUCCUGCAUUUAAUGGUUCUUUUUAAGUAUUUUUUGAUGCAUUUUAAAUCCAUGCCAAAUGUUUUUGGGAAUUUAGGACUCUUAGG